CUGACGUCUGUGUACUACCUCACGUCAUUUGAACCGUUAUACAAUUCCCCGUACGUCACUUACAUACCCAAGCUGUCACAGGCGGAGUUGAUCUACCGUCCCACUACUCGCACAAUCACCCGACUCGCCACGUACCCUGAACCACCUCACCACGUGUUGCGUGUCCGUGUAAGACCCUCCGUGGUAUUAAGAGAAUUGGACCGCAUCGCUUACCGCCGUCGUCCAGCCACCGCUGUGUCCGCAUUUGAUGACUACUUCAAAUCCGAGUCUACAAGGGCUUUCGAGGAUGAAACUCGCAGGAUCCGCGCCGACACCGCGUCUCUGUUGCAGCGCGCCCGCUCGGUGGUACCACGAGCAAAAACUGUAGCACCCCUCGACACCAUCUUCUCAUAUUCGUACGGAGAGCCCAUCCCAUAUCGGUUCAGCAACGAUGCGUAUGUCGCUAAGCUGCUGCUGCCGUUACGCAGCGUGAUGGACAACGUCCACAACAUAUCCUUCUACCACGAACCAGCUAAGAAGUUCACAGGACGCGGAAACCUCGCCUGCGUCCAUUAUUCCGGCAAUAAGGCCUUCUCCAACCGCCGACCUCUUUACAAGGAACUUAGCAUCAGGGACGAUGUGAACCUUCUAUCGUUUUACGCGAAGAACAGACUAGCGGCAGCCGGUCUGGCCGUCGAAAAGGCCGCAGUGAAACUCCUUCCCUGGAGAGCGAGCCGCAAGUUCCAGGCGCCACAGUUAAUGGAAGACCCUGAGGUGGAACUGAAAGCAGCGAAGGCCGACCGUGAAGCGAGAUUCCGUGCCAAUACUGCGGAACCUGUUCUAACACCGUCCGUGGAUCUUGCUGAAAUUAAACGAAAAAGACAAGAAGAAGCUAGAGCCGCUGAGGAAAAGGCUUUGAAAGAAGAAGCAAAACGUGAAGCUGAACGAAAAGCUCAGGCUGAACGUGAUUCAGCAGAACGAAAAAGAGCAGAAGAAGAAGCACGUAAAGCUGAGGAAGCUAAACGCAAGGCAGAAGAGGAGGCGCGGCUAGCGGAAGAAGCAAGACAAGCUCAACUAGAAGCAGAAAGAAAGGCUGCAGAAGAAGCUAAAAAAGCUGAAGAAGAAGCCGCUAGACAGGCAGAAGAAGCUAGACUGGCAGAAGAAGCUCGCAAAGCUGAAGAAGCUAGGCUUGCAGAAGAGGCAAGAUUAGCAGAGGAGGCAAGACUUGCUGAAGAAGCUCGAUUAGCGGAGGAAGCAAGACUUGCUGAGGAGGCUCGUCUGGCUGAAGAAGCACGUUUGGCCGAAGAAGCAAGGCUUGCUGAAGAGGCAAGAUUAGCAGAAGAAGCAAAACUGGCCGAGGAAGAGAGGUUGGCGGAACAGAGAAGGCAAGAAGAACUUGCUAAGCUAGAAGAGCUUGAACGUCAAGCCCAAGAAGAACGCGAAGAAGAACUUGCCAGACAGGCUGCUGAAUUAGCGGAAAUCGCUAGACAAGAGUCCGAGUUGGCCGCAGCACGUCUGGAGGAACUGACACACAGUGCGUCUGCUGGAGAAAGUGUUGCUGAAGUUGAGUCAAGUGAAGCGCCAGUGGUAGAAAGUGAACCUAUUGUAGAAGAACCAGCAAGUCCAGAAGUCGUUCCAGAAGAAAUACAAUCCCAAGAUGUUGUCGAAGUCAGUGAAGAUGAAAAGGCGGAGCCAGAUGUUACGGAUGAAGAGUGA